GUCACUCAGUGAGCAGGAGUCACAAGUAGCGGCUGCGUUUUUUCUUCUCCUUUUAGCUUUUCCAUUUGGUGGUUAAAUGCUAGAGCAACUGCAAACGUGUGGAAUUGAGGUUUACUCAGUCAUCAUGGAGGAGGACGGGGGAAGCCUUCUCUUCAAGUACCCAGUAUCUGACUUCCUGUUGACAGUCAGUGGUCUGGUGUUCUUUCUCCUGGAUGUGGGACUGGCCGCGUGGGCGGUGGUGUCUUUUUAUCAGGAAGAGGACUAUGUGUUCAUGGGACUGCUGGUGUUUCUACUCCUAGGUUCCUCAGCCCUGGUCCAGGCUUUCAGCUGUCUGUGGUACCACUAUGACAAGGACGGGACUGAGACCAGGACUGAGAGCCUUGUGAAGAACCUCUGCUCUCUCAAGAUCCUACAUCUUUUCCAGAUGGGAGUCUACCUCAGAUAUGCUGGUGUGGUGAGGAUCUCGAUAUGUGGCUUCUGCUGUGGAAAGCGUUACAUGGACGGCGAUGCUGUGUAUCUGACCCAUGACCUAAGCCUGCUGCGCCUCAUCGAGGCUUUCUCUGAGAGCACCCCACAGCUUGUCCUCAUGAUCACUAUCAUUGUCCAGAGGGGAGAGGUUGAGCCCAUCACAAUCUUGAAGGCACUUGGUUCAGCAUCUGCCAUCGCCGUCAGUGUGACCAUGUACCACCGUUCCCUGCGCUCCUUCCUCCCUGACAAGGCCAAGCAGGGCUGGUUCUCCUCCGUGGUCUACUUCCUGUGGAACCUGCUCCUUAUUGGUCCACGUGUGGCAGCAGUCGCCCUCCUUGCCUCAGCCUUCCCCUGCUUUAUCACUGCCCACUUCCUGUCUUCCUGGAUGGUUCUCUUUUUCUUCGCCUGGCGACUCAAGACAGACUUCAUGGACAGCGCCGGUGGAGAAUGGCUCUACCGGGCCACCAUAGGACUCAUCUGGUAUUUCAGCUGGUUCAAUGUGAUAAAGGGGGACACCAGGUGCCAGAGCACCCUCUACCACACCUGGAUAGGAGUGGAUAUUGGUAUGCUUUGUGGUCUUUGGGUGUGGCAGAUGAAGAAGAACCCUCCAUAUUUAGAACUGCCACUAGAUCCCUAUGUCAUCCUUGGCAUUAUGAUCUCAUUCUACAUUGUUGGGCUCGGUCUUAAGGUGAUAUACUACAAGUACAGUCACCCAAAGAUCACAUAGCUAAGAGAAGACGAGUGUUGCCUCGAGCCGGAGCCAAGGUCUGAGCCAGAGGAUCUCACCUCAGAUUGCCAUGACGAAGUGGACUCUAGGCUUAUGAGCCAUAGAAUGGGUCCUACAGAACCAGUCAAAACCUCAUCAGGCCCUCCAGAACCGGUCAUCAGAGUCAAUAAGAGGAUGAGGAACUUAGCUGAUAACUUUUACUCCUGAAUGGAUCAUCAGAGACCUCCUACACAUGGAGAAGGCUGUAUGGUCUUGUUUGACAUUGCAGCCGACAUUGCAGUCAGUCUCAAUUAGUCAUUCAGUCACAAUUUACCCACAAUGACUAAAUGGUCUGUCACAUGUGGAGAUGGAAUCCAAAUGACAGAUGCCUGUGUCAGCUCUUCCCACUGGUGAAAAUACCAAGUUCCUUUAAGAAAAAAUAUUUAGACUUUAUUUUGACAGGGAGUUAUGCUGAGACCAAUGUGUCUUUUACAGAUGAAUCUGGAGGCGAAAGAAAGGCAACGCUGUUUAGGCGAGGUGCUGGCUAGCAGUGGUUUUUUGAUGUUGGAACAUCUGUUUAAUGGAAAACUUCAGCUCCCCUAAUCGUGAUAUUUCUACUGAACAUGUAGGUUGCUCACCUGCACAUACUCCAACUCCUUUUAGAAGUAAGAGUUAUUUUGUACCUCCAGCCAAUCGCAAUCACUCUAUUGAGAGAUAUUGUAGACUCGUUGAAAAAUAUGUUGGUAAUCUCCUUCAGAACAAAACAGGAGUACAUAUCCUUCCAUAAUUUAAGAGAAUGAAACACAAGCUUUGCUUGAUUUACAAUCCGAUACGUCAGUCCUUACCCGCCCUGCUGAUAAGGGUGGGUCGGUUAUACUCAUGGAUAGUACAGUUUAUGUAAAGGAGUGUCAUAGACAACUGCUUGACAACACCUCUUACAAGAAACUCAGAAGUGACCCCACUUCCUAAUUUCAGAACACUAUCUUUACUGUCCAGGACACCAGCAGUAUGAUCUCUAUUAGUGAAUCUCUUGAUCCUCUCCCUGAUAAUACAUUGUUAGUUACUUUUGAUGUUGAAUCGUUAUACAGAAUAUUCCACACGAGGGCGGUAUUGAAGCCAUGGAACAUUGUCUUCUGCAACGUGACCCUAAUGAAUUACCUUCCAGUGCAUGCAUUAUAACAUUGGCUGAAAUAGUACUCGCACACAACUACUUAAUGUUUCUAAAUGAUUUAUUUAUUCAGACGAAGGGUACUGCUAUGGGAUCCACUAAGGCUUCUAACUAUGCUCAUUUGUAUGUGGGUUACAUGGAGAAACAGUCCAUUUUCAAUCCUCUCAACAACAAAACAUAUUGUCUAACAUUCUUAUUUGGAAACGGUACAUUGAUAUUUUUGUUCUAUUGAGGGGUGAAGUGAAACAGCUCCAGGCAUUCCAUGCUUCUCUUAACUCUUGUUCUGAGCACCUGAGAUUUACUAUACAAUCUGACACACGUCAAAUCAGUUUCCUUGAUCUUCUGAUUUUGUUUGAGGAUAAUGUUCUAUACACUGAUCUUUUCAGGAAACCUACUGAUCGUAACAGUUUAUUGAAAAACAGUUUGCCCUAUAGCCAAUUCUGUCGAAUCAAAAGAAUUUGCAAAAAAACAAUCAGACUUCGACAGAAAUAUGUCUGAGACGCAAAGCAAAUUCAAGGAGGGGGUACAAAAAUGGUCAGAUUAAUACUGUCAUUGAAAAAUUCAAAACUAAUCGAGACAUAAGCUCUUUCAAGGACAAGUCUCGCAAAAAUAAGCAUUCUUGCGUUCUAGCUACACGCUAUUCAAAGUGUUCUGAACAAAUGACGGGAAUCUUUCACAAACAUUGGCACAUUCUAUGAUCCGAUGACAGUAUCGGACCCUCACUUGGUGGUAUUCUCGCUAGGCAGAAAUCUCAGAUAAAUUGAUAAACUGAUUUACCACCCUUAAAUAUCCCUGCACAAUGUCUAUUUGCGCCUCUACUGGAUGGAAACUACAAGUGUAACGGCUGCGCUCAAUGCAAUGGCACUUAAAAAUGUAGAUCAAUCAAACACUCCCAAACAGGGAAACAGAUCCCUAUCAAAGGUGUUAUCACGUGCUCCACUAAGGCAGUUAUUUAUCUUAUAACUUGUCCAUGUGGUAAAAAGUAUGUGGGUAAAACAAAGCGCGAAUUAAAAGUACAAAUCUCGGAGCAUCGUAGCACCAUCAGGUGCAAAAACUCGAUUUACCCAGUUGCGGCCCACUUUUUGGAAGUGAACCACUCGAUUUCGCCCCAACGUUAUAUCGGCAUCGAACAUGUCACCCUCCCUAGGAGAUGGGGUGACCUCGACAAUUUAUUAUUACAACAAGAGGAUGCCUGGAUCUUUCAUUUAAAGACCCUUGCGCCCUUUGGUCUCAAUGUAGACUUUGAUCUGAAACCAUUGUGAUUUUGCUACUCAUUGUAAAUGUGUAGCCAAAUUGUAUCUACGAUGGUAUGCUAUCCAUUCAUGUUUUUUGGGAAUCUGGGAAUUAACCAAUGAUAUCAGGCCACACCCGGCCAUGAUUACAGACACCUGUGUGUGUCCUUAGACACUAAACUAGUGCCCCGUAGUGUUUGUCAUUAUACCCUGAUGAAGACAGCUUUUCUGUCGAAACGUUGGAUAUUAGGUUAUUAUAAACUGGUUGAUUCAGCACUGAAUGCUGA